UCUUCCCCGAUACCCUAUCCCUCUCGUCCUUCACCUCACCCCUCUCUCUCUCUAUCUCUCUCUCACCAUCGAAGAAAGGCAAAGAAGAUGGUGGCUGCGGUGAGUCCACCCCGGUGGUCGGAGAUCGAUGACGGAGGAGAGAGAGUCUUCCAGAUCUACUUUCUCUCUCCUCCUCCCUUUCUCUCGUCUGUGCUUUUGUCUAUCUCAUCGGUGAGUCCUCCAGUUUCUGGGUUUCGUUGUGGACUUGUGGUUUCUUUAAUACGGUGGUCAAUCUUGGUGGUUCUGUAGGGGAGAAUAAAUCAAGAACUGUGGAGGAACGAUGAUAUGGGCGGCUAUUUCUACUCUUACUCCUUAUAGACCAAACCAAACCUUCUUCCUUGCUCGUCAAAAUGAGGGUCGGCCGUCGGCGGGAGAUCAAGCUCAGAAAUUGGUUCGUCUUUCAUUUCAUAUCUUACAUUCAAAUGGGUUCUCUUCCCAUAUGUAUUCCAUUCGUUUUUCUCUUUGAUUUAUGUACCAUUGUCAAUCCAAGUUUAGCUCAUACUACUUGCUCAACCUAGUUUUCUAUGUACUUGGAUGGAACAAAUCUUACGAACCUAGCUCUGCUGCUCUUUAUGGUUCUAAAAAUUUCAGCUUGUUGAAGUAAUAAAAUUGCUAAACCAUACUGAUUCUUAUUGUUGGUGGGAAAUCUGAAACAACUUUUUGCAUUGUUGUCAAGUGCUUAUAGUUCAUGCUGUCAUUUUUAAUUUUGAUGGGCGUGUGGUAUAAUUGUAGUCUUCAAGUGGGGUGAUUUAGUUUGUGGAUUUUAUUGUGCUGUGUUUAUGUAGCUUUGUUGUUAUAUUUUGUUUCUUGGUGGCUACAGGCCCGAGGACUGAAGAAUCAUUUUACAUAUGCUGAUGGCUUUGUUCUUCAUUCCCUUCUUGAUCUUUUAUAUACUCAAGUCUGAAGUAAUUCCCUCUAAUGUUCUUAAUUUGCUGAAAAGAAAAAGUAGGAUUGUUCGAGGUUCAAUCUUCUCAGGAGUAUUUGGUUGGGAACAAACAAAGAAAGGAAGUAGGAUCAAUAUUCGGGAACCUCUCCUUCUGGAAAAACAGGUCCAAUGCUGGCUGGAAUUUAAGGUCCACCUGACCCGAUCCCAGCAUCAAGUAGAUCUUGGUAAGAAUUUUUCAAUUUUCUACCUACAGGACUUCUCAAUGUGCAUGCAUCCGUAAAUUACAGUGUUAACCUAUCUCAAGUUGAUGGAAUGUUUACUCAUCAUUUAAGUUAUCAACUGUGAAAAAGGCUAGCACUAGGCGCUACCAAAUGUUUUUUUUUUGUUUUUUUUUGUUGUAAAUACAGAGAUAUAGCAACCUGUUAAACCAAUAUCUCCAGCAAUAAAGCCUUAUUAGUGUUACAAGUAUAUGCUACGCUUUUUGUUAUUUAUAAUUACUGAUCACUACACAAAAAUUUUGAAAACAAAUGAUCAAU